AUGUGCUUGGAUUUUCGAUUUUUACAACAAAUUAAUAAUCCACCUAUUUCUUAUUGUUUUCAUGAGUGGUUAUAUAGUUUUUAAAUUUUAGAAAGAUUUUUAAUUCAGCACUAAAUACUUUGAUGUGAUUGUUUAAUAUAAAUGUAUUAAAACUAUGUUUUUUAGACGCUUAAAACUAUCCCAUACRCGAUGUUUUUUACCGGCGUUUUUCUUGAAUAAAAAUGAACACGAUGUAGAAGGAACUGGAGUAUUAGGUUUAAAAAAAGUUGGUGGUUGGCAAGGUGUUGUGAACGCGUUUUCCACCGACGAAGAUGGUAAUCCCUCUCCAGAUGUAAGAGCUAUAUUUUCAACAAUAUGUUACAGCAGUUUAAUGGGUGGUGUGUAUGGAAGUAUAUCAUACAGUAAACGGGCUUAUGAGGAUUUUUUUCUUAAGAACCAAUCAACACUGUUUCAAAAUCAGUUUGAAGCCAAAGCUAAACUACAAUCUCAAGUAACACUGGCAAUGGCAAGAGGCGUCUUUAAAUGGGGAACCAGGAUAGCACUAUUCUGUGGAUCAUUUACAACUGUAGUAACUGUCGUAAAUGCCUAUACACAAAAGGUUACUGUAUUUAGUUAUGCUGCAGCUGGUCUUGUAGUUGGUGGAAUUGCAAGAAUAAGUUUUGGUUUGAAAGGUUUUAUUGUUGGAUCCACAUUGGGAGCUUUCUUAGGUGUUAUUGUUGGAUGUUGUACAUUAUUAAUAUUAAAGUUUUCUUCAUUCACUAUGGAUGAAGUAAAAGAAUGGCAGAACCAAAGUCAAAUAGAGAGAGAUUUAUAUUUUGUGAAGGAACAAAAAACAUCUCGGAUAUUCAAGUAUGAUAAACCACCUGAACUAGAAGAACAUGAAAAAAGAUUACAAAAAUCAGAACAAUUUCCGAAUAAAGAAUAACUGUUAUGAUUUAUGAAUGAAGUGUAUUGUCAUGUAUUCARGGUACUUGGGUUACUUGUUAGUUGUUACUAACUUAGUCAUACGGCAAAAUUGAUUCUUCAUAUGCAUUGCGCCCUUGCUGCCUUGGUGAACCAUUCAUUGCAGUCCAAUAAUCCUCUAAAUWGCAUUCAAUUAUUUCCAACAUUAAUUGUUGCUUCUUCCACAGAAUUUCAAUGUUCACUAGCAUAACUUACAAAUUAAUCAACCRGUAACAUGUAAAUAUUGUUAGUAAUUUGUGUUGAAGUAUAUAGUGUUAUUAUUUUAGUAUAUCAUAUUACAUGUAACUUAA